AUGGAAACUGAGGGUAUAAUCAACCUAUCUACUUCUAGUGUUUCUGAAAUUGAUCCAAGUGCACCACUAUCUGGUGUCAAAAGACGAAGAACAACUCUGGGAAAGCCUUUCGCUGUGUCUUUUUGGAUGGAUGAUGAUCUACCAAGGAAGAAAAAGAAUAAGGGCUCCACCCCAUUUGAUCCAAACACUGUCCCUCUUUAUGACCGUGGUGGAUUCUCAUUUACUUUGAGUUCAACAGAUAAUUUGGAAGUAGUUAAUAAUGCUUCUCGUUGCUUCAAUUGUGGUUCCUAUAGCCACUCGCUCAAGGAUUGCCCCAAGCCCCGUGACAAUGUUGCUGUCAAUAUUGCAAGGAAGAAACAGCACAAAUCGAAACGACAUAAAAGUAAUGCAGCUAAUCCUAGCCGGUAUUAUCAAAAGGGAAAGUAUGAUGGUUUAAAGCCCGGUGUUCUUGAUCCCGAAACCCGAAAACUUUUGAACCUUGGGGAGCUUGAUCCACCUCCAUGGCUUCACAGAAUGCGGAAAAUAGGAUACCCACCACGCUAUCUAGAUGAGGAGGAUCUGCCCUCAGGAAUCACGAUAUAUGGUGAUGAUGAAAUUAAGGAAGAAAUUGAGGAAGGGGAAAUUGUUGAGGCAAUGAGCAUUGAAUUUCCAGAUAUGGCAGAAGGGCCCUCAAGUAUUACAGCUUCAACAGCUCAUUCUUUAGUGUCAAAUAAUGAUGAAAUUGAGGAAGGGGAAAUUGUUGAGGCAAUGAGCAUUGUUGAAUUUCCAGAUAUUACAGCUUCAACAACUCAUUCUUACAGCACCAGAAAUAAGUCAAAUAACCAUACUGUAUAUAGAGGCCAUUAUCUUGAAGGCAAAUGCCCUCCACGCUCGCAAUUUGGCCCUGCGAUCAUCCCAUUGACUUAUAGAUACAGGGAUUAUGACUCCAUUAACGCUCCAAUGGAGGGUUUGGGAAGAUCAUUGCUGGACAGAUUUAGAAGAAGCCCAGUAGUAGACAACCGUGCUUUCUACCAAACUUGCUUUAAUAACAUUAAGUUGAAUAACUUUCUUCUUUUGCUACCAUAA